AUGGCGGAGAGCGAGGCCGAGACCCCCAGCACGCCGGGCGAGUUCGAGAGCAAGUACUUCGAGUUCCAUGGCGUGCGGCUACCGCCCUUCUGCCGCGGGAAGAUGGAGGAGAUCGCCAACUUCCCGGUGCGGCCCAGCGACGUGUGGAUCGUCACCUACCCCAAGUCCGGCACUAGCCUGCUGCAGGAGGUGGUCUAUUUGGUGAGCCAGGGGGCCGACCCUGAUGAGAUCGGCUUGAUGAACAUCGACGAGCAGCUCCCGGUCCUGGAGUACCCGCAGCCGGGCCUGGACAUCAUCAAGGAGCUGACGUCCCCCCGCCUCAUCAAAAGCCACCUCCCUUACCGCUUCCUGCCCUCAGACCUCCACAGCGGCGACUCCAAGGUCAUAUACAUGGCCCGGAACCCCAAGGACCUGGUGGUGUCCUAUUACCAGUUCCACCGCUCCCUGCGGACCAUGAGCUACCGAGGCACAUUCCAGGAGUUCUGCCGGAGGUUCAUGAACGACAAGUUGGGCUACGGCUCCUGGUUUGAGCACGUGCAGGAGUUCUGGGAGCACCGUAUGGACUCGAACGUGCUUUUCCUCAAGUACGAAGACAUGCACCGGGACCUGGUGACGAUGGUGGAGCAGCUGGCCCGGUUCCUGGGGGUGUCGUGUGACAAGGCCCAGCUGGAGUCCCUGAUCGAGCACUGCCACCAGCUGGUGGACCAGUGCUGCAACGCCGAGGCCCUGCCUGUGGGCCGGGGAAGAGUCGGGCUGUGGAAGGACAUCUUCACUGUCUCCAUGAACGAGAAGUUUGAUUUGGUGUAUAAACAGAAGAUGGGAAAGUGUGACCUCAUGUUCGACUUUUACUUAUAAUAACAGCAACAGCAAACUUGCAUGCUCACAGUACCCAGACACUAAUAGCUCAGAGUCCCGUUUGCACUCAUUUGUUACCCGCUGGACAAACUCUGGAAGCAGCGUAAGACACGGCGGAGAAAUGGAGGAAGUGGGGUUAUUUCCGAUCCAGAGCAGCUGUCUCACCUUUGGAAUUUGAAGUCUACAUGUCUGAUUACAAAGAUUGCGGUUCUGAUGACCUGGACCAUACGUAUCCUGUCUGUAACAUAUGCAGCUAGAAUGUCUACCUUUUACAGCCCACAUUAUUUAUUGUAUUUUAUAGAG